AUGGAAGAACAAGUCGAUCGCCUCGUGAGCAAGACCUGGGAGAAAUUCAAAGAUGUCCCUAAAUCGAAGCGCCUUCUGAUCGCCAUAUCUGGUAUACCAGGCUCGGGUAAAACCACCCUCGCAGCAAUAACUGCAACUCGCUUGAAUGGGCUGCAAGCAAAACACUCUCCAGGAACGCACAUAGGCAGCCCUCUUGCCGCCUUCAUCCCAAUGGAUGGCUAUCACCUCUCUCGAGCCCAACUCGACGCCAUGCCCGACCCCGUAUCCGCCCACGCUCGCCGAGGCGCAGCUUUCACCUUCGACGGGAACUCAUUCCUCACGCUUGUGAAGAAACUCCGCGAGCCACUCUGCCCAGAGACCCAGACCCUUUUUGCUCCAUCAUUCGACCACGCGAUCAAAGACCCUGUCGCCGACGACAUCCCCAUCGCGCCCAGCGUCCGCAUUAUUAUUUUCGAAGGAAACUAUCUGUCCCUCAAUAAGCCCCCCUGGAAGGAUGCCGCGGAGCUAAUGGACGAGCUGUGGUUCGUCGAGGUGAAUUUCCACGUUGCGAGAAGCAGACUAGUGUAUAGACACGUCAAGGCAGGUAUUGCAAAGGAUGAAGAAGACGCAGGGAAGCGUGCAGAUGAGAAUGAUUUGGUGAAUGGGAGAGAAAUUAUCGAGGGUAGGUUGGAUGUUCAUGAAGUUGUUCAUAGUAAUGACGAUGAAUCAUGGACUCCGGAGAAGCAGGGGGUUGGGGACGGAACAGAUAAGGCAUCAGACGAGGAAAUGGUAAGUUUAAUAUGA